GAGAGUUUGAGUUCAGACAUGUAACUUAAGAAACGAGGUUUUUUUUUCUCUUCGGUUCACUUGAAACUCGGAAGUACAUUACAAAGUUAAGGAGGGCUUCAAUUUCAAUCAAUGGCCUCUAUUAAAGAAGAAGAAGAUGAUGAUGAAGCCUCUACUCCUUCCUCGCCAACGACUUUAUAUAAAGAUCCAGAUGAUGGGAGGCAGCGGUUUUUGCUUGAAUUGGAAUUUGUCCAAUGUCUAGCUAAUCCCACCUACAUCCACUAUUUGGCUCAAAAUCGCUAUUUUGAAGAUGAAGCUUUUAUUGGCUACCUAAAAUACCUUCAAUACUGGCAGCAGCCUGAGUACCUAAAAUUUAUAAUGUAUCCUCAUUGCUUAUUUUUUCUAGAACUUCUCCAAAAUGCUAACUUCCGCAAUGCAAUGGCACAUCCUGGCAACAAGGAAUUGGCACAUAGGCAGCAAUUCUACUUCUGGAAGAAUUAUAGGAGCAAUCGAUUGAAACAUAUUAUGCCAAGACCCCUUCCUGAACCCGUUGUUGCACCCCCUGCUUCUGCUCCACCUCAGCCACCUGUACAACCUGUGCCGCCUGCUCCAGCUACAACUAUUGCUGUUACGGCACCGCCUGCUCCAGCCCCUUCUUCUAUGCAGUAUGCUAUGCCCCAUGGAUCUGCUCUUGCAAAAAAUGAUAUGAGGAGUAGUGGGGUAGAGCGAAGAAAAAGAAAGAAAGAAGGAUAACUUGCCUUCUGUCAUGUAAUGACAGAGAAGGGGAAUCAGAGGUAAUGUUCAUGUCCCUCCACGUUUACGCAAUUGAAGAGGAAAUUGAUGCUACUUUUCUAUUAAAAAUGUUGAUACUAUGAUUGGCACCUUUGUAAUAACAUAAAGCCCAUUUGUUUCCUAUGUAUUAAUUAUUUAUUUAGAUAGCAUUUUGUCAAUUCUGAAUACACACAUUUACUAGAUCAAUUUUAUGCUUCUUGAAUGAUGUUCAAGUAUUUCAUGAUA